AUGCAACAAAAGACGUUCAUCAGAAAAGCAGGCGUGCUAGAAGUAAAUCAUUCAGGUGCAGCAGCUAUUACCUCUGAAGUGAUGCCCUCUACCAUGAAUGCUGGAGUGGAGCCUUCUACAGAGAAAUCUGGAGCAAGGUCUCUUAAUGGAGACGCUGGAGCAGAGCCUCCUCGGAAUGCAGGAGCAGAGUCUGAUGGAGAUGCUGGAGCGGAGCCUCCUACUAGAAAUACUGGAGCAGGCUCUCCUAAUGGAGACGCUGAUGGAACGAAGCCUCCUUGCGGGAAUCCAAGAACAGUACCUUUUUCCCGGAAUAGGGCCAUGCCUGAUAAUGGUGACAAUACAGUUUACCUGCUCUCUGAUGGCUGGAGACAGUCACUGCCAUAUCAUGACCAUGAGUGGGUGUCCAACACUUUCUUCAAAAAGUCAGCAAGAGGAAGAGCUGAAUUCGAUAUGUCCAAGAUCACCCAGCUGUGGUUCCACCCUCCUGAGCCAAUGACAUACCAAGGCCAACCACCCAAGCCCAGUCCAUACUUCGCAACCCGACUCUUCCUGUGGAUGCCUCGCAAGCUCUGGCGAGUGAAGCUGGUCUGUCCGCACGAGGAGUGCCACGGUCAGGAGCUUACAUCGGCCGGGGUGUAUCCCACGGUGCGGCCUGUCCUGAACGUAGAUGGAUUCUACAAUAUGGCAGGAGAAUACCUGGAGUGCCGUAGAUGUAAUAGGAAGAUUAUCAGUUGGAGUAAGCCAGUCUUGGAUCAACUUGAUCCUUGUCACCGGAUACAAUUCCAAGUAGUGCUCACAUAUAGAUUUGCUUGUGACAUGAGCAUUAUUACCAUGAUGCGUGACAGGUCACGUGGGAACAGCCCCCUCCAGUUGUUGCGAAAGUUGAGAGAGACUCACACCGGUGCUUGGCUUAGGAAGACCGCCCUUUACCUAUGCGCUGUUAAGCAGUUCACCGGCAACAGGGAGAGGGACCUGGUAGAUUGUCCACAGUGUACACCACCACCCAAGAUGCCCUCGCUUCCCACGCAUAGUUGGCUUCUCGGGGUCUACCACAACGAUGUUAUGGAGCGCAUUGAUGUAAUUAGGGCGAGCAUCACGUCGGUAUUUGGACGGAUUCUCAAGAUUGAUUCAAAGAUCACAAAAAAAAUUACUGGCGAGGGUUCUAGGACUGCCACUUGGACAACAAAUGUUGGGAAUGAGCAUGGACAGAUUCUGAUGUCUGUUAUAACUGAUGCUGAGGGAGAAGGUCUGCACCGCAUGACCCAAGGCAUCGUGAAACGAUAUGAAAAAGCCAGCCAGCCACAUCCAGAGCUCCUGUAUGUGGUUAAAGACUGCUGCGGAGAAGAGUCCAAGCUUUUCAGAGAGUGGCCCAACUUACCGGUGCGACUGGACAUCUGGCACUUCAUGACCAGACUUGGAAGAGGAUGCACCAACAAGCAACAUCCACUGUACCGUUUCUUCCUGAGACGGUUGUCAGACUGCAUCUUCACAUGGAGUGCCGAGGACAUAGACAAGAUUGUGAGGGCAAAGAGGGCGGAACUAGCAAAGAAGCAUAUCACUGGCCUAUCAAGUAAUGACAUCAUCAAGCGAAUAGGGCGGAAAGAGUUGACAAAGCACUGCAGACGGGCGACCAGAGGCACAGAGGAGACUACUCGACUGAUUGGAGAUCUCCUAGCUGCCUUGGAUGGAGAUCAAGGGCGUGACACCCACGGCAUUCCCCUCUUUGACUCUGAUAAGAUCCGGCAGAUUUGGGAGUCAGAGAAAAAGCAUGUUGCCUGCAUACAGGAUCCUCCCGGUGUUGCACUGUACACUAAGACAGGAGAGAUAGUCAAGGGUGGUGUCUUGUUGCCAUUAGUCAAGUGUGCCAGAGGGAUCAAAUCACUGGGAUCCUUUCAUCUUUAUCUGAACCGGUUCAUCCCUGGGACAUCAGCCAACAGUGUCCACUUCCAGGCCUACCUGCUUGAUGGGAUACAUCGCUGGAAUUGUAACCGUGCAAGGGAUGCACUGGGUACCGCUGGACCCUCCCAUGCGUCAUAUGACUCCUACGAAUCCCACAUCAACCGUUUGACGGAGGAGCUGUUCAGCCACACGAUAAAUCCAACAUUCGUAGCACCACGGGAAUACACCAGUAAGAUUCUAUAA